AUGGUGUGCAUAGUUGUCAGCGACCACGACAUGUCAGAAUAUCCCAUUAUUUUUAUUGGAACAAAUUUGCAAUCAGAUUCAGAACUACAAGAAAACGUGUAUACGCUAGUUCAAUUUCUGUAUGAAAGACAUCAAGAAUUUGACAUGGAAGGAUCUUCAACAGAAACGUAUUUACUACCCAAAGACGAGUUAAUGCUAAUUCAGCUAGUUUUACGCGAAGUUGACAAAACCCCGGUGAAACAAGGAGAAGACCUUUUGCAAUUCUGGUAUAGAAUUUGUCGUUAUCGUCUUUAUCAACACCGUACUCUUAUAAGCGAUGAUGAGUAUACGUUUUGUCUUAAAGUUGAAGAAUAUCUUAUGGCCAAUAAUUUAGUCGAUCGAAUUCGAGUCGCUCAUCGUCUGUUAGUAGAAUUCAUGGAAAACGCUGCAUUAAAAAGGAAACUAUUUUAUCCUCGUUAUAUUGUUCAGUCAAAUAAAUUAGAUUGGUUUGAGUAUCUGGUGGUAGAGAUGAUGGCUGACUUUAAGCUACCACAUCUUAGUUUUGCAUUUCUUCCAACUAAUAAAUCCAAUUUCCAUUGUUCCCAUCAAUGUGAGAUAGAUUUCAACAUCAGAUAUAAGGAAUGCGUCAUUCUUGAAACACUUCUUAGCUACCUUGGGCUUGCGGUAAAUAUUAAAGACUCUCUGCGUCUCUUGAGAAUUUUUAACCAACCGUACAGAGGUUUAGAUGAACAUGCCUUCACUACUCUUCGGAAGUUGGCUCGGCAAGAUAAUCUAUCAGUUACUCAGGUAGCGGUUUCAUUUGUUGGUCGUUUAAGACUUGGAGACUCAAGCUAUGCUCCUGAAGGUAAUCACCCUCUUCGACAAUGGUCUUCAGGUUUAAUUCAUCUGGUUGAUUCUCUCAAUAGAAGUCAUGACAUUUUAUCUGGUGCAGCUGAUGAUAACUUGUUAGCAUCUGGCAGUGCCAGUUCACUGAUGUCUGUUGAUGGUGCUGUUCAGUCUGUUUCUCAAUGUCUGCGUGCAUCAUGUCGUAUACUGCGGAAUCCUGGUUUAGUUGGAAAAAUAUGGAUAUAG